AUGAAAAGGGGAGAGAGAAGAUCAGACUAUGCCAAAAAAUAUCGGUAACCAAGCAUGGUAAUGGAUGAGGACAGCUUGAUGAUCCCCAUCAGUAAAGCUACCUAUGAAGUUCUUAAGAAAAGAGAGGACUGUCUAAGCAAUCUCAUUUACAAAAUGUUUGCUUGUACAUUGACCUUCAAAAGUACAAAAUGCACUGUUGAAGUAUACAGGAAAAAACUAAAGCAGGGAAUUGACAUUUGUGUUUGUAAGGAUGAUCUCACAAGACACAAGGCUGAUGCUUUGGUGAAUGCAGCCAAUGAAUAUCUAGAUCAUGGAGGAGGCCUUGCUUUAGCCCUUGUGAAUGCUGGAGGGCCAGAAAUCAAAGAGCAAUGCAAUCUUCAUAUUCAAAAGUAUGGAAAACUUGCAGUUGGCAAAAUAGCAGUGACAGGUGGAGGGAAGCUUCCUUGUAAGAAAAUUAUUCAUGCAGUUGGUCCAAGGUGGACCAGUUAUGAAAAGGAAAGAUGUUGUGACCUACUUCAGGAAGCUAUUGUGAAUGUUCUGAAGUAUGUUAGUGCUCCAGAAAAUACUAUAAUGUCUGUGGCUAUCCCAGCAGUGAGUUCAGGUAUUUUUGGCUUCCCGCUCAGUUUGUGUGCUCAAGUGAUUGUAAUGGCUAUAAAGGAAUUUGUUGAGGCAAGUCCACCAAGCUGUCUCAGGGAAAUCCGCCUCGUGAACAUUUAUGAGCCAACAGUUGCAGAAAUGAAGGCAGCCUGUGAAAAGUUUCUAGGUGAUAGCAGUUCGCCUCAGGAAACUCUUUCAGCUUCACCAAGCCAGCCUUCAGCUUUCAUCAAACACGGAGGCAUUCACUUGUGCAUCGUAAGAGGACUCCUUGAAGACCAGAAGACUACAGCUAUUGUUAAUUGUGUGUCUAUGAAUGGCGAGCCUUACCCUCCAGUUUCAAGAGGACUGCUGCAAAAAGCAGGUUCAGCUCUUCAGGAUGAAUUUCAGUCUCAUCUUAGACAUUCUUCGUCUUAUAAGGAACUGAUAGUAACAAAAGGGUAUAAUCUGCCCUGUGAGCUUGUACUGCACAUUGUAUGGCCGCAAUACCACCACAGGGUGUUACUGUGUGAGGAAUUAAAAGCUGCAGUGACAAGAUGCCUGCAUUGCUUUUGGGACUGGCAAUCUCCCUCGGUUUCUUUUCCAGCAAAUGGGAUUUGGUCAUUAAUGCUGCCCGUUGAUGUAGUGGCAGAGAUCAUGACUGAAGAGGUUUUAAAUUUUGCCAGUGCACACCCUGAGAAGAAGAUAGAUGUGCAGUUUGUCUUUUGCCCAGAUGACUACGAUGCCUAUCAGGUUUUCCAGAGAAAAUUUUAUUCAACAGCACACAAACUGGGAAAAAAGCUAUAUUACAACAGAAGUGAUCAUUUGAGUACGGAGUCAGGCAGUCAAAGUGUAAAAGAGACUGUAAAUAAUGAACUGGCUAUUGAACUUAAAGGAAACACACGUACAGCAUUGGAAGCAGCAGAAUCAUGGAUCCAAAGUGUGGUACAAAUUCAGGAAAGUCACCAUGCUAUUAUUGAAAACAACUACAUUUUUAGCCUUGGUAAAAACGAGUUUGCAGAACUCUCUCGAGAGCAGCAUUCUAGCGUAUGUGUAUCAGAAGAAGUGAGAGAUGGAAAAGCAAGACUGGAAUUUCAGGGCCCGCCUGAUGCUGUGAUUGAUGCAGUGCUCGCAACUGAAAAAUUACUGCUUCGUAUGCAAGAGGAGACUACAGCCAAACAAGAGGAACUGCUGUACUUCAUGGGCCAACCAGAAGCAGGUGAGCUUUCAGAAGCACACCUUUACAAGACAAAUACUACUAAAUGCGUCCAGAUUUCACUGGUGGAAUCACACCUUCAGGAGUUUAAAGACAGACAGAAACAGUUUGAAAAAGCUGGGCUUCAUGUUUUCAAGAUUGAAAAGAUACAUAAUCCUCUUUUAUCUGCUGCAUUCCAACAAAUGAAAAAAAAAAUAGAAGAAAACCAAGGUACCUCCAAAAUAACCCACAAGUUGUACCAGCAUGUUCCUGCUCAGUUCUGUAGCUCGGUGUGCCAAACCGGAUUUCACAGGAUGUACUCUCCACCAACAGAACAAAAAUAUGGAGCUGGCAUCUACUUUAAAAGGAACCCAAAAAGCCUAAUCAAGAGUAAAGAUAUGUGGGAAACAGACUCUAAAAUGUACGUGUUUGAGGCUGAUGUAUUAACAGGCUUAUACACUAAAGGCAAGCCAUCUUAUAUUAUGCCACCGACAGUGGAGGGGGAUGCCAUUAAGGUAUAUGACAGCUUAGUAGAUGAUGUAAACAAUCCUGACACCUUUGUCAUUUGCAACAGUGUUGGGGCUCUUCCACAAUAUUUGCUGACUUGUUCCCGAGUGAGGGAGAGGUAUAUGGCCCUCUGA